AUUUUUCACUCUCUCUGUAUGUGUUUUCUUUUCUUCAUAUUCAUGUGUUUCUUUAAAACUUGUUUUGUGUUGUUUGAUAAGUAAGCAAUAAUCAUUAUUCUCUUUCUCCUUCUCCUUCAUUGCUCUCUGCAUCUCUCCCGUUUGCCAAAGCUCACACAGAAAGCCCUAAUUCCCUACUCCGGAAUUGGAUAAUGGAGAGGAAAAAGUCUCGUAAAGAAAGUAGAAAAGAAGCUCGGACAGCUAAAAAGCAUAAGAGGUUUGAUUCAUGGAUCCAACAUCAACAAACACAAAAAACCCGGAGAACGUUGCCAAAUUCAAAACCAACACACACUGUGCAUUCACUGAAAGAUAGCCAAGUCCAAAGGCAUGAACAUUUUCACUCCUUAAAUUCAACGAAAGACUUGGACACUUCUCCACGGGUGGUUGCUUCUAAGGCUGACAAUAAGAGUUUGAAAAGGACAGAUGCCCGAAAUAAAAAUUCGAUGGCCUCUAUAGAGCUCGAUAUUGAAGUUAUGAAUGACUUGCAGGUGUCUCCACGGUUGGAGUCUUCUAAGGUGGAAAAUAGGAGUUUGAAAAGGAAACAUGCCUCAAAUAAAAAUUCAAAGACAAUGGAAAAGGAGGGAGACGCUAUCUCUGCGGACGUAGAUCUAAGAUUGGAGAGGAAACUCGCUAAGAAACUCAAGGUGAAGAAUGAGAAAUUGCGAGGAGAUGAUGAUAUUGAUAUGUUACUUGAAGGAAUUCCUUCUGUAGUUGACUGUAACAGUCAAUUGAACGAACCUCUGGAGGGUACUGAUACUGACACUUCGCACAAGAAACUGAAAAAGAAGACAGUGGAUGAAGUUUUAGAUGGUAAACUGGUUUCUGAGGAUGGAAAGUUUGAUCCUUCAUGUGUUAGCUAUGUUGAGCAUGUCGACACAGAUUUACAGACCAAACAAAAAGAGUCAAAAAAGAUGAAAAGAAAGAAGACAAAGUUUGAAGAGCUUCUUGCAACUGAAAUGUGUGGACAGGAUAUCUCAGCAGAUGAGGAUCUGGCUUUGGAAAGGAAGCUUGCGAAGAAGCUCAAGGUGAAGAGAGGGAAAUUACUUGGGGAUGAUGAUGAUAUGAAUAGUUUAUUUGUGGGAAUUCCUUCACUUCUGGAUUCUUUUGAGGAUGAAAAUACACAACUUGUUGGGGAAGCACCUCGAAAGCGUGAUAAGAGCUCCUCGAAUGAAAGAUCUAAAGAGAAAAGAUAUAAUAAGGAAGCGCAAGGAGAAGAUCACGAUCAAGAGGAAGAGCAGAAAGCUGAGAGCACUCCAUACUGUACAGAUGUGAAGGCAGCAGCUGGAUCUGCUGCCAAAGAAAAUGCAAAAUAUGUUGCUCCUCGCCUGAGGUCAUGCUUGGGAAAUGAUUCGGAAGAGUUCGCUCAAAUUCGUCGACGACUAAGAGGUCUUCUGAAUAGGAUGUCCGAGGCUAAUGUGGAAUCGAUCACAAGUGAAAUUUCCACGAUCUACCAGACUGUUGGUCGCACUUUUGGUUCUCAGAUUAUCAGUGAAGAGGUUCUGGCAUCAUGUUCUAGAGGUCCGCGUGGCAAUGAGCAGUAUGCAGCAAUUUUUGCUGCUUUUGUUGCUGGCAUGGCAUGUUUGGUUGGGAUGGACUUUGGCGCAAAACUUCUGGCAUCUAUGGCUAAAUGUUUUGAGGAUGAGUAUCAGAAUGAAGAUAACCUCUCUGUUAGGAACCUGACACUUCUGCUCUCAUACUUGUACACUUUUGGAGUUUGCUCAAGUGACUUGAUUUAUGAUUUCUUGGUGACAUUGAGCAAGAGACUGACAGAAGUGGAUGUUUCUACCAUAUUGACAGUGCUUCAAGCUUGUGGGAUGAAAUUGAGAGGUGAUGAUCCCGUUGGCAUGAAGAACUUUAUAGUUAGCGUUCAGAAUAGGGUGAAUGAAUUGAAAUCAUCAUCUGGGGAAGGACAAUCAAACAGUAUGGGGAAAAGGAUGGAAUUCAUGCUUGAGAUGAUAUGUGAUAUCAAAAACAAUAAAAAAAGGAUGAAGGAGGACACCUUGCAGCUUACCCGAGUAAAGAAAUGGCUACAACAGCUCAGAGUAGUUGAUAUAUUGAUUCGAGGGUUAAAGUGGAGCAAGCUGAUUGAUCCUGACAAGAGAGGCCAGUGGUGGAUGUCUGGGAAUAUUGAUUCCACAACUGAUGUUCAAGAUGUUGCCAGCACAAUUGAUUUGGAGGUCACUGAGGCUCAAAAGAUGCUCCAGCUUGCUGCUGCUCAGAGGAUGAAUACAGAUGCAAGAAGGGCAAUUUUCUGCAUAAUAAUGAGUGGGGAGGACUAUAUUGAUGCAUUUGAGAAACUUCUAAGAUUGGAUUUGCAAGGCAAGCAGGAUAGGGAAAUCAUGAGAGUUUUGGUAGAAUGCUGUUUACAGGAGAAGGCUUUUAACAAAUACUAUUGUGCUCUGGCUUCCAAGUUAUGCAGCCAUGAUAAAAACAAUAAGUUCACCCUGCAGUACUGUCUGUGGGAUCAUUUCAAGGAGCUUGAUCAGAUGCAGCUGAUCAGAUCAAUGCACCUAUCCAAGUUUGUCGCAGAGAUGGUUGCUUCUUUUAGCCUUUCACUUGCUGUAUUGAAGGCUGUUGAUCUCAGUGAUUCUUCACAAUUGACUGCAAAAAGAAUCAUGCACUUCCGGAUGCUAUUUGAGAACAUCUUGGAGUUUCCUGAAAAGCUUGUCUGGAACAUUUUUACUCGAAUUGCUCUUUUGCCAGAGUAUGAAUCACUUCGUGAUGGGAUUGUCUUCUUUAUCCGCAAGUAUGUCAUUGAUGGCCAAAAGUCUCUGGCAGAUAAAUUCAAGAUUGCAAAGAAGGCUCUUAACAAUGUUGAAGGAGUCAUCAUGUGAGUCUUUGCAUGAUGUAUUCGAGAUUUAGGAUUUUGCAGGAAUGGUUAUUGUUGUUGGAACAACAGUAACCCAGUUUUGAGGUUGAGUACUAUGUACUUUAUUACAUGCAUUGUAAGUGAACAUUAUUUAGGACCUUGGGGAUUUGAUUGCUAUUGCAACUCUACUGUAAUUUAUUUAGUUAAAUUUGACAUCUUCUCUUUAAUUAAUAUUUUGGGAAUUAAUUGGUGUAUGUCAUAAAAUACUGUGAGUUUUUCUUGUUU